AAGAAAUGACAAGUAUGACUUUUAAUUUUUAGUUGAGUAUUUUCCUUGCAGUAAAAAUAACCUCAAAAACAAAUGUCGACAAGAAGGGUGGUUGUUACUGGAAUGGGAGUUUUAUCUCCCGUAGGUAACAAUUUAAAGGAAUCCUGGUCAAAUAUAAUCAACGGAAGAUGCGGAAUUUCAAAACUAGAGGGUCCGUUGUAUGAGAAAUUACCGAGCCGAGUGGCUGGUAUCGUAAAGUCAAAGGGGGCACAAUUCGACUCUUCUCUACACUUUUCGAAAAGCGAAUUAAAAUCUAUGAGUCCCGCAACUGCUUAUGGACUUUUAGCGGCAAAAGAAGCGAUCGAGGAUGCUAAGUUAAUCUCGUUGUCGGAUGAUGAAAAGCAAUCGACAGGUGUAGCUGUAGGAAUGGGUAUGAUAGAUUUAACAGAUGUUUGUAUAACAAAUGACGCACUCAACAAAAGCUAUAAUCAAGUUAGUCCAUUUUUUGUACCUCGAAUUUUAUCAAAUAUGACUUCGGGUCAUAUUAGUAUCAAGUAUGGAUUUCGAGGACCUAACCAUUCUGUCUCGACUGCUUGUGCAACGGGUGCACAUGCCAUAGGAGAUUCCUUCCGUUUUAUUCGUUACGGGGAUGCUGAUGUGAUGAUUUGUGGUGGUACAGAAGCUUGCAUCUCGCCCCUAUCUGUAGCUGGCUUCUGUCGAUUAAGAGCUCUUAGUACUAGUUUUAAUGAGACACCCCAAAAGGCUUCCCGGCCAUUUGAUAAAAAAAGGGACGGUUUUGUCAUAGGGGAGGGAAGCGCUAUUUUAGUGUUAGAGGAAUUGCAACAUGCUCUUUCUAGAAAUGUUCAUAUUUAUGCAGAAAUUUUGGGUUACGGGUUGUCAGGGGAUGCAUCACACUUAACUGCACCGCACAGUGAUGGCAGUGGUGCUACUUUAGCCAUGUCAAGAGCGGUGCAUAAUGCUGGUGUUGCUCCAACCGACAUCACAUAUAUUAAUGCACAUGCAACAUCGACACCCUUAGGAGAUGCGAUUGAAGCAAAGGCAAUUCACUCUGUUUUUAAAACACAUGUAGACCAAGUUGCAGUGUCAUCAACAAAGGGUGCACAUGGACAUUUGUUGGGUGCAGCAGGUAACUUGGAAGCUGUAUUUACAGUGAAAGCGGUAGAAGAGGGGCUACUGCCACCUACUAUUAAUUUCGAAUGUUCUGAAGAUAUAAAUUUAAAUGUGGUUCCUAAUGAACACCAAAAAUGGAACAGUAACAAACGGCGAGUUGCUUUAAAAAAUGCCUUUGGUUUUGGUGGUACAAAUGCUUGUCUGUGUAUAGCCGAGUUUAAUAAAUAGUAAUGCUCUUUUAUUUUAUUUUUUUACUGGUACAGCUCAUUUCUAAAUUGAUGCGGUAAAUCACAAAUACUGUAUUAGACCCUUUUCUCAGUACCUUCUAGGCCCUCUCUAACAAUAGAGUGCGUAGGUAGGUCUGGAAGUGCCUAUGACGCUCUUGAAAAGACAGAAGUGUUAGGAAAGAACUUAACGGUUUAAGACUCAAGACUCGAACCUCACGGCGUGAAACUUAUUUCUAGUUUCGUUUACACGAGGGCAGAAUGUAUUAAUAUAAGUAGGUAGGUCAAUAACUGGCUCCAGAAUUUCCCAAGGUCAAGGGAUUAAGUUUUAAGAAGAUAUUUGAGAUACGUUUUAAGUUUUAGGAAGACUGGCUUCAAGAGUAGCCAAUGGACCAGUAGCAGGCACCCCGUCCACUAAAAGGGCUGGCACCAGUCGACUAAAUUAAGGAACACAAACUUUUUUUACAGGUGAUACCUUUCGUUAUCCUACCAUCAUGCAAGUAUGACCAACUCAGGACAUAGUCCUAACUUUGUUACAUUUCUUCGACCUAGUGCUGAAAUGUUGGCGUCCAAACCACUGUGUAGCGGUAUACUCUGCGGAAGAUUGGAAUCACAGCAGUCAUAGAUUAUUAAUCAAUAUGGAACAUUAAUUUAUUGGUAUACAUAUUUAAUAAAAAUACAAUUGUUUUCUAAAAAUGAA